AUGACAUCGUCGGCGAUUUCUGCCACUGUGGCAGACCGCCUGACGAAGCCCGAGCCUCCUCACGGACAGCUCGGCCUUCCCGAUAUCACGAUUGUAUCGUGCCACCCACCCGACAUCCCUCAAGAUGCCUCCAUCGUUGGCAUCUGCACUGUGCCCCCCGGUCGUGAAGGUAAUGACGAUCUUGGUCAUCAUGUUGCUGACUUUCUCGGCUGGAAGCAUCUCUUUGCCAAUCUUUCGACCUUUCCCGACGAUCAGGUCUGGCUGUCCUUGAUUGAUAUUGACGAUGCUGUUCGCAAGCACAAGUAUACUCACUCCGGUCGCGACGUCAGCCCUGCUGUUCUCGACUCAAACCGUCCCAUCAUUGUCGAGCGCAAUGUUCAUGCGCUCCAUGGCAUUUUCAUGAAGAACUUGGCCGAGAAGGCUGAGAUGGUUCGCAAAGAUGAUAGCUCUCUUGUUGUCAUCGUUUGCGGCCUCACCUCACUUGAACAGGACAUUUUGCUUGAGAAAAAUCGACACAUUGUCACGACCAUCACUAGUGGAGCCAUCACAGCCGUUGCUAGUCUCGAUGUGCGAGUUGUCUUGGUUUCACCCUCCAUCACCUCUGUUGGCUGGCAGGUCAACCCGUGCCUUGGCCGUCCUAUAACUGUCUCCACUGAAGCCAAACUUAACGCCUUGAUGGGCCAUCAAUGUGGUGCUGUCUUCGGCUCCGAAUUGGCCAAGCGCUUUCUCAGCGAAUCGUCGCCAGCCUUGACUGACCAGACCGCAAACAAGCUUACUAUUCCCCUCAUGAAGACUGACGAGUUGCUGGCUAUCGAAUCCAAACUCCAUGCCAGAAUUUAUGCCUGUCUGUCAGGUCGAUUCAUUUCGGCCAAGGGACAUGAGUUUCGCUUCACUCGUGAGGGUGAUUCUUGGUCUCUCAUCGGCGCUCGUAAGGGCAUGUCUCUUACCACUUUGGCUCAACAAUGGUCCAGGCUCAACCGAGUUGAUGCCACCGAGACUCAGUCUGGCGACGGUUUCGUGUUCCUGGGUAAUGCUUUUGGCGGUAAUAGAAAGUCACAGCUCAACCAUAUUGAGCACAUGUUCAAGCAGGGCUUGCUAUCCGCAGCUUACAGCUCGAACAAUGUGAAGAACCUUGAGGAGCACUACAAGCAGCUCAAGAGCGCUGCAGACACGGACGAGGAGGAUUGUCGCGUUCUGUUCAACACUCUUGAGCAUCGAAUGUCUCUGGUCAUGCUUGGUGAUUUCAUGGCCAAGCAUCUCCGCUCUUUGCCUGACCGUACUGGUACUCGCUGCCGGGACUGGUGUGAGGAGGCUUGCCAGAGCUCGAGUGAGAAAAAGGAUACCAGAAACAUAUGGUCUCUCAUUUUGGAGAAAUUCCCUCACCCUGGCAUGCCUCAUGGUCGACACAUCGACCGUCCGAGGGGACUGUUUAUUUUCUUGCACAAACCCGUCUUUUACAUUGCUAAUGUAAUGGCUGCUCGUGUUCGGGAGACUGGUUCUAGUCUAGAUUCCGGAGUCAUGACUCUCAACAUGUUCAUCGAGAGGCUGAAGACGAGCCAAACCGACCUCCUUUCCUCAGAUCCAGAGGUUCGCGAGCUUUCUCGAACUUGGAGCAAGCUCUGCCUUGCCAGAUCGGAAAUGGCACGUCAGAGCAAUCUCUCGCCACUGGUAAAUACAUUCAUCCCCGGCGAGAUCUUUCGCACAUUCGCACCGAAGCUUACGAAUUCUUCGCAGCUGUCGGUCAACGACAUGUCGUCGAGAGUGCUUGCCUCCCUGGUCGCUUCAACCGAGAACAUGGACCUGUCUCGACAAGAGAAGCCUCUCAAUGCUCCCAAAGUGCGCAUUUCCGCUCCUGUGUCGGACGAACAGACCACUGGUACUACGACCAAGCCUGAUGUCAUCGAGGCCAACACCAAGGAUGGCAAUGAGCAAGAUCAUUCGCGAAAGCUGCUUCCUCAUCAGAGAAUCCGCGUCGCAUCUUCCAAGCAAGGCGAUGAUAAUGCUCAUCUUGCAGCUCAGCCUGCUGAAAUCAAGGUUGAGUCUAAGAAUGACAUCAAGGAUGACCAGCGCCAUCUGCUUCCUCAGCAGCGAUCUUGUUCCAAGACACCUUCAGACAGAGAGGAGGAGAAGGCUGCUAUCACGGGCCAAACUGCCGCAAAAGAGAUCAACUCCACAAAGGGUGCUGAUGAUGAUGGCCAAAGCCGUCUUCUCCCGCACCAGAGAGUUAUCUCGCGCAAUGUUUCUACCGUGCAGACAGAGAAUGUCCCGACCGCACCCAAGCCCAGCGAAAUCGAGGGCGACUCUGUUCUGAGCCAUGACGACGACCAGAGUCAUCUCCCGCCCCAUCAACGUAAGGGUCCUUGGAAGUCUUUGGCUCCCAAGAAAGAGGUGGUCACUCCAAACUUUGAGGUUGGCCCGACUGGUGUCGACGCCAUUGAAGACGAUGAGGAGGACCAGAGUCACCUCCCACCUCACCAGCGCAAAGGUCCUUGGAGAUCCCUUAGCAAGCGACAGACAGAUGCUCCCAAGGCAUAG